CCUCCAGCUACUAUGUCUUGAAUCGACGAGGACUCGCCCUGAGCACACUGACUCGGGCAGGCACGUGUCCGUGAGCGAGGCGGGCGUGUCCCUUGAUACCCUACCAUGCUCUGCCAUGCCCUGCCAUUGCCCAUGCAUUUGUUUACUUGUCUCUGGUCUCGCCCCCUACCACAUGGUCGACCAGCCCGCUUGCCGUCAUCGUGCAGGCCCGAGAUGGGCACGGACACUGCGACGGCAGAUUGCAGAUUGUAUAUCAAUUAGUAGUCCCCUGGCAGGUGAGCAACAGCAUAAUCCAGGGCUCCCAGAGACACAGGGCGCCACUAUGUAGUCACAGUAAAG